CUAAACGUGAACAAACAGACCAAAGUACGUUUCAAAAUCGGCCACUAUGAGGACGAGCUUUGGUGUGACGUAUCUCCGAUGCAAUGUCCACGCCGAUCAGCAACAAACGAAGGUGAAUUGGUGCAGGGAAAAGGGAGAUGAAGCUGGUUUGAUGACUCGAAUGUUGAUGUUAACAGCUCUAGGGCGAGGAGGACCGCACCAGCCGCCAGAGAAUCGAGUGCUCUGCUCUUCGGCGGCGGAACAGGGCAGGAGAGAGAAGCUAUUGGUCGGAGCAGCUGGCACCACCGCGAGCUUUGCCAAUGUCGCCGAAACAUUCCCCAAGAACCUGGGAAUCUCCUUCGAAGGUGAAAGUGACUCGAACGCGCCUAAUCCGCAAGUUUCCAUUGGAGUUCGUACGCCUUCGGUUAUGCAUAAGGAAGAAGGGAAUUUGCGUGAAUGGGUUGGGACGCUCGCGCAUGAAUCGAUCCCAAUGGACUCGGCAUAAUCAUUGCUACCAUUCUCGGUAUGUUGUAGAGUUGCUCAAUUUGAUUCGGAGGUGGUUGGAACCGAAAUGCCCAAAUUGAAAUCAAACUUUCUGGUUAAGUCGUUUUUGAAUGUUUGCGUUGGCGGGAAUGGACGAGGAGCUGGGUCGCCACGAACAACGACGAGUCGGGACCCAAUGCUGGUUGAGGAAUUCGAUUGGAGGUGUGGCCAACCUCGUGGGAGCAAUGAAUUGGCUUGGCGAGACCUGAAUCGAAAAGCCCCAAUUUCUUUGCUCAAGAACACUGUUUUUGCAUGGCAGAAAAUGGAGUUUGGGACGCCAUCUUUCGACCCGAUUUGGACUCAAUUUUGUGCAGAUUUUGAGAAGAGGACAGAACCAGCUUUGAGGGCAAAGCUUUUUUGAAUUGCUUCUAUUCCAAGUUAGAUUUGUUUGUCCAAGAAGCUAAGUCAACUUACUUGCUCAAUCUGAAUUUUUGGCUAAGUGUUAUGAUGAGUUCGGGUAGCCAACUUUGGGAGCUUGGAUCUUCCUAUUGGGUGGGUGAACAUAUGAGUCUAGGGUCUUGUUUUGAAGCUUUGGAUCUCCUCUACAAGUUAGAAUGUCUGGCAGAUCAAGGGAGAACUCAGAAGGCCAUUUUAUAGGCUUGACAAAAGGUUGCAUCAACACUGGAAAAUUGGUAGGAUUUGUCCAAGUGCCAGAUUGUGAUCAGGGAAGCCACUUUGAGGCUCCAUUUUGAGCAGAUGGUAUCAAAUCAAAUAUGCAGUGACACGACCUGGUCCUUUUUGAAAACCAAACCACAACUCAAACCACCAACCGGUUACUCCGGAGCAACCCAAAACAGUUUACAAGUCAAAACCAAAAAUCAACAACCACAAUGCUUAAGAUUUUCAAGUGAAAUGCCCUAAACGCUUGGGCGACCACAAUCCAGAGCAAGAAAACAUAAAACACAAUCCUCGAGUUUCCCAGUAUACUCAUUAAGACAUGAAACUAAAGACAAAUAUAAUGGGAGGUCCCAUCUCGUUACCCAGAUCCAGUUGACAUCUUCAGGUUAGCCGCGGCUGCUCUCCUCAGGUAAUCUCCUCUUGAUGGAUGGAUCCUCUUUCCCUCUAGGCACCUGAUGAGUGAGAAGGGGUCAGUCUCGUCGUUACUGUAACACCCUACCCUAUACGUAUUACCUAAUCAUAUUGUUCAUACAAUUGCAGCGGAAAUAAUCUCGGGUGUUACAUUAAUUAUUAAAAUUUACCCAAAUAAAAUUUCGACAUGAAUUACUCGCGUAAUGGGCUAAUAGUUCUUGUAACUAAAACCUGCAAAAUAAUUUAUCUGAAUCCAUGCAUUCAAUGACAAACAUAUACUAACAACCAUAUACAUGGACUUUCAUAGCCAUAGUCACAGUUUCAUACUACCCAACUGCAUACCAAACUUAUACAUACCAUAAUCGUCACAACUUACACAGUUACACAACAUAUACACAUAUCAUCAACUUUCCACACCUGUGGAUAUCUCACACUACACCAAAAGCUAGUAUGCACAUGAAAAACGUUCUCAAAACAUUUUUACAAAAAGGUGUGGAUCACUGGCCAAAAUCCCGAGUAGUAGUCCAAGCACAGAAUGGUUGAAGACCAUACCUCAUCUUGCCUUCAACUCUUGCUCAGCUCCCACCUAUACACCUAUCUAGUACUGCUGAUGAUGAUCUGCUUACACAUAGCAUAAGCAGAGAAGAAUAAUAAAAGAGGGUCAGCUCAUAGCUGAGUGAGAUAAUCAUAGCAUCGUGAGUUCAUAACAUAGCAUACCACUACCAUACAUCUAGAAAACAAGCCAAAGCACUAGGAUCAGAUCUCAGCCCUCCGACAUCCCAAUAGGCAAAAGACUCAACCACCUUGACUUAUGCAUAUGCAUCUUAUUAUGUUUUACUUAUAGGCGCCUGGCUACUCCCAUGCUAAUAACUCUCCCGGGAAACAUACCCCACAUCCCGUCGGAUGUAGUCAUACAUACCCCAACAUCCCGUUGGAUGUGGUCAUACAUACCCCACACCACUAUGGGUGUAGUCAUACCCCGACACCGCUCUGGGUGUGGUCAUAUCUCAUAAGAAUUCUUCAGUCACCACCACAUGAGAGGUGUGACUAUCAUACAUAUCAUAAUAGAGUAAUAGCAUAGGGAGCCCUAAUUACUAUGUAGUUGACCAUGAGACCACAACACUCAUAUUUGGUAUCCUUAUACAUGAUUCAUAUCUCAUCUUGCUUAAUCAUAAUUCAUUACUUGCACAUAUACUUGACCUUGCCAUAAUUGGCUCAACAUAGGUAAAUCAGGAGUCGUAUAAUUGCACUUCAUCGGGAUAAACCCUCGUGCAAGUCAUCCUCCUUAAACAUCAUAAGAUCACCCUGGGAAGUUUAUUCCCCCACUUAUGGAUCUAAAUACAACCACAAUAUCACACCAUGUCAAAACCCCUUAUCGAACAACCAUGAAGUCAUAUCAACAAUUAAGCCACAAAUGGCAACAUGUAUGCAAUCAUCCACAUAAACAAGGUUCAUAUCGAUUAGGGCAAGUCAAUAAUAUCAAACAGCAGUCCAAGGUUCAUCAUAUAGCACAAAAGCUCAUACACCCCUAAUCAUGCCAUUCUAGUUCACCUAGAUCAAUUCUAAGCAUCAAUAUAAUUAUCGUGAUACGACAAACCCGGUAUGCCGUGCUAAUCCCUCACCAGUUCUGGUCGUUCAAACACCGGUUUAACCUUCACGUGCUAAAACGUCAAUUUCAUGAACGAACCCCAAAUUAAAAUCCGAGACCGUCCUAAUACCCCCUGCAGUAUCCCCGUCAAUAUUAGUUCUAGGCGUCGGGUCAAAUUCUUGAUAAAAACACAUCAAACCCUGGCCGGAUCUAAAUUCAGCGGUUUGGACCCCGGCCUAAAUAAUAGCCGAAAUUCAGGGAUUAGAACUAGAGGAUUGAUUACCUCGCUGCAGGAAGCUCGUAUAUGAAAUUUGGGCUCAAUCCGGCUUCCGGAUACUCCGAAACCCUAAUUUGGCUUAUCGGGAAUUCAAGAAAUUCCUGAACCAAAAACUCGUUUUAAAGCUCUAAAUCGAUAAAUCACGAUGUAUAGAUGAAUUAGGCAUUACUUACGGGAUUUUCUGAUCAGUAGAGCUCAAGAAUCGAGCUAUGAAAAUUUCCCCCGAGCUCCCCUGUUCUGCGUUCGAUUCCUUCUUCUCUCGGUAAUGGAAUGAUGAUGGAAAGAUAAUGACGGGGAAAAGAGGAAGUUUUAAUAUAUAUGGCCUCGGCCGCUUAUAUAUAUAUAUAUAAUAUAUAUUAUAUAUAUAAUUAAUACGUAUACUUAUC